CACCGGCGCUCGUUCCCACUCGGGUCCGCUGCGCCCGCCGCAGCGCUUCGCCGCGCGCCAUGGCCGGGCUGCUGGCGCUGCUGGGCCCAGCGGGCCGGGUGGGCGCCCGGGUCCGGCCUCGCGCUACCUGGUUCCUGGGUGCCGCUGCCCCCUGCGCGCCGCCGCCCCUGUUGCUGCCGCUGCUCCGGCCCGGGCCCGAAGCCCCGCUGCUGCGUGCGGCCCGUGGGCACAGCCAAGGCCACCAGGACCCCGGCAAAAUCACUGCGACGACAGGCAGGGACGGCGGCAGCACGGAGGAGAAAAAGCCAAGCAAGUCACAGCAGCUGAGAAAGAUUUUUCAAGAGUAUGGUGCUGUUGGAGUGUCGCUGCACAUUGGAAUCUCCUUGAUCUCCUUGGGCGUAUUUUACACGGUCAUUUCAAGCGGUGUGGACAUGUCUGCAGUCCUGCUUAAACUCGGAUUUAAGGAGUCACUGGUGCAGUCAAAAAUGGCGGCGGGCACAAGUACCUUCGUGGUGGCCUACGCCAUCCACAAGCUGUUUGCACCCGUGAGAAUCAGCAUUACCUUGGUUUCCGUGCCCUUCAUCGUCAGAUAUUUUCGCAAAGUGGGAUUUUUUAAGCCUCCAGCCGCAAAGCCUUGAUGAACUCUUCAGUUGUGGGCCUGCAAACCUAGUUCUUUUAGAUAGAAAUUUGGGGUUAGUCUUAGGAUAUAGCUUUUUGGGGGUAGGGUGGGGACAGGAAGCUAAUUGCUAUGUUCUCACGAAUAAGUUUUACCUUUCCCAGCAAAACCCAGGGUUUCUGUUAAUAACUGUAAUCAUUUUGCUCCACACAUGUUGUAAAUGCUGUUUAUCACAGGGCUUGUAUACCUAAUCUAAAAUGUCAGCAAAACAUCACAAAUCGAGCUGUCACCUCCACAAAACAUUCCUUCUGGAAGAUCGGUGGUG